GUGUCUCGUGAAAAGACGUCUUUUACUCAGAAAUAAAUAUUAAUCAUCAGUGUUGUGACAUACACAGUUAUUUUAGGAUUUAUUAUUAGAGCUCUAAAAAUAAUCGCUGACGAUUUUUUAGUGUAGUUAAAGAUGUCUACUCCAGCUAGAAGGCGACUCAUGCGAGAUUUUAAGCGGCUCCAGGAGGAUCCUCCAGCCGGCGUCAGUGGAGCUCCAUCGGAGAACAACAUCAUGGUGUGGAAUGCAGUUAUAUUCGGUCCAGAGGGAACACCUUUUGAAGAUGGUAAGAAUAUCCAAACAAGCCCCCAACUGUGCGGUACCUUUAAACUCACAGUUGAGUUCACAGAGGAAUAUCCAAACAAGCCCCCAACUGUGCGGUUUGUCUCAAAAAUGUUUCAUCCAAAUGUGUAUGCUGAUGGCAGCAUCUGCCUAGAUAUUCUUCAGAAUCGGUGGAGUCCAACUUAUGAUGUUUCUUCUAUUCUGACAUCAAUUCAGUCCCUUCUAGAUGAGCCAAAUCCCAACAGCCCUGCAAACAGCCAGGCAGCACAACUGUAUCAAGAAAACAAACGAGAAUAUGAGAAACGGGUUUCAGCGAUUGUAGAGCAGAGCUGGAGGGACAGUUGACCACAUUUACAAACCAUGUUCUCACUGAAGCAUUGUUUUCCUUUUGUUUGGCUCUGUUGUUUGGGGUUAGUUUUUCAAAUCUCCAUUUUUAAGUUUUUAUGCACUUUACUCAUGCAAGAUUGUGAUUUCUGUUUUAUUUCUCUCCCACAUUUUUGCCUGGAUUGAUUUUCAACCUUCAUUAAGAUCACUGAAAGGGGAAAUGCCCCUGGUGUAUAAUGCUUGACUAAUUUUGCAUAUGGCAUGAACAUGCAGUAAUUGUCCUUUUUUGCCAAAUGCAUAAGCAUCUCUAAAAAAAAAAAAAUCAAGGCAGUCUAAUCUGGACACAUGACUCACUAAGACUUUAAUCUAAGUCAUAGUAGUGUUGAUAAUUUUCUUGGUGCUCUUCAAUUUUAGUAUGAUUUCGCUCAAAGAGCAGUUAAAAGUGUCCUUUUAAUUUCGGUUUUGCUUCCAUUUUUCUGGGUUAGCAUUCGUUUUGUUGGUUUAGACCGCUCUUCUUGGCUCUGCCAGAGGAGGGUUGGUAUGCUACCACAUGAGUGGAGAGCAUCUCUAGUACACACUGAAAACACAUAUAAGAUGUUGGUAGAUGGGCGUGAGGAUUUAUAUAAAGUAUCAAAUUAUUGUUGACAGAAAAUGGCAAUAUGGCGUGGAGUAUAAAAUAUAUAUUUACUGGUCGAAAAACUGAGGUUUGCUGGAAUUACUAGGUUCAAAAAUAUCCUCCAAAAUCCAGAGAUGCAUAUUAACUGCAGUUACUUAAUCUUUUCAUGGCUUGCAUCACAAGUCCAAUCAAACAAGUGAAAUAAUGUCUUCAGGUCUUUUUCCAAGCCCUUUGCAGAUGUAUGCCCUGUUACAUGCAUGAAUGCCUGAGUGUGUCCUUGCCUCUAUUAAUCUCUUGUAUAUACAAAAACACAUCUGAAUUUUGUGUACAGAUUUUGCACUCUCAUUUUCCAGCACUUGUAAAUACUUAAAUAAAAGGUGAAAAUAC